AGAAAGUUGAUCAAGGAAGGUUUUGUUGGUUCCUGGAUUUUGAAAAAUGGACAGUCAGGGAAGGAAAGUGGUGGUUUGUGACAAUGGAACCGGGUUUGUGAAGUGUGGAUAUGCAGGUUCGAACUUCCCAGAGCACAUCUUCCCUGCCCUUGUGGGCAGGCCCAUUAUCCGCUCCACUGCUAAAGUUGGCAACAUUGAGAUUAAGAAUAACAAAAAGAUGGACUUGAUGGUGGGGGAUGAGGCUAGUGAGCUGCGUUCCAUGCUGGAGGUGAACUACCCAAUGGAAAACGGCAUCGUUAGAAACUGGGACGACAUGAAGCACCUGUGGGACUACACCUUUGGCCCCGAGAAACUCAACAUCGACUCCCGCAACUGCAAAAUCCUCCUCACCGAACCACCCAUGAACCCCACCAAGAACCGUGAGAAAAUAAUUGAGGUGAUGUUUGAGAUGUACCAGUUCUCGGGAGUUUACAUUGCAAUCCAGGCUGUGCUUACACUGUAUGCUCAAGGUCUGUUGACUGGUGUUGUGGUGGAUUCGGGUGACGGUGUGACUCACAUCUGCCCCGUGUAUGAGGGGUUCUCCCUGCCCCAUCUCACACGGAGACUGGACAUCGCAGGACGCGACAUCACCCGCUACCUCAUCAAACUGCUGCUUCUCCGAGGUUAUGCCUUUAACCACUCGGCGGAUUUCGAGACGGUGCGAAUGAUGAAGGAGAAGCUGUGUUACGUGGGCUACAACAUCGAGCAGGAGCAGAAACUGGCCCUGGAGACCACUGUUCUGGUGGAGUCUUACACGCUCCCUGAUGGCAGGGUGAUUAAGGUGGGUGGAGAGAGGUUUGAGGCUCCAGAGGCUCUGUUCCAGCCCCACCUCAUUAAUGUGGAGGGUGUGGGUGUAGCUGAGCUGCUCUUCAACACCAUCCAGGCCGCAGACAUCGAUACCAGAGCGGAGUUCUAUAAGCAUAUCGUCCUGUCCGGAGGAUCCACCAUGUACCCUGGCCUGCCGUCACGGCUGGAGAGGGAGCUGAAGCAGCUGUACCUGGAGCGUGUGCUUAAAGGAGACGUGGACAAGCUGUCGAAAUUCAAGAUCCGCAUCGAGGACCCCCCCCGGCGUAAGCACAUGGUAUUCCUGGGCGGGGCCGUCCUGGCCGACAUCAUGAAGGACAAGGACAACUUUUGGCUGACGCGAGAGGAGUAUCAGGAGAAGGGUGUUCGUGUCCUGGAGAAGCUGGGAGUGACAGUCAGAUAAACGCAGACAGAGUCCCCUUACCCUGCAACAUCCACAUACAGUCUCCACACACAUAUAUAUCUAUUUACCUCUCAUCUCCUCUCUUCUGCUACUCAUGCCAUUUGGUCGGCGGUUGUCGGAGCGAUAGCGGCUGUGCUGUGUAGGGUAACGGGGGCGUGAGUUUUGAGCAUUGGUGACACUGUAUCUGUAGCUGAAUGUCAUGUCAAGCUGACGUGACAGCAUCAUAAAGGUGUCACGACCCGUCAUUUGAACUUUUAUGUCAAUAUACGUCAGAGCACAUGUGUCCAAAACCAGUGGUCUCACAGUGAAUUGUCUGGAAAUUGUCUCAGCUUUGGUGUUAAUACCUUGUGCUUGUGGUAAAAGGCAUUCUGAUGUGGACUAGCUGUUGUCCACACAUAUGUCAGCUGUAAAAAACAAACAAACAAAAAAAAAAAACCACACAAAAAAAACAUGGGUUCCCUUAUGAUGCGGUAGGGUCAGCUGGGUAAAUGACAGUAAAAGUGUUUGUGUAUUAUUUAUGUGUGGGGAACGUGGUGGAACCUGAUGGUCAGUUUUUCCUGGGAAGGACAGCGUUCUCUGGCCAGUGUAACCGCCUCUGACACUGAACAACCAAAAUGAAUCACAGCUCCUCUUCCUCCCUGUUCACUCCAGCCAUCACGCUUUGCACCGUUUAGACAGGCCAGCUGUCUAAGAGAAAGAAAGAAAAAAAGAAAGAAAGAAAAAAACAGUGCGGCUUUUCCGUCUUUUGGCUUUUUUCCCCCGUCAUCUGUAUGUCUCUUCCCUCCUCUCCUUGGUGGGUUGUUCUUGUCCUAACAGAGGAGAGCUGUCUGAUACUGCUCUGUGGCGCAUUGGGGUGGGGUUAAAGUGUAUGGGCUUUGUGGAAAUGCAUUUUUUAUUUUCUAUUUGUUUUUUUUGUUUGGGUUGGUGUUUUGGUCAUUUCGACCACUGCCUUCGUCACUGACUCUAGGAUCCCUGAAACAUGGACAUUUGUCUUCUUUCCUCUUUCUAGCUAUUCCAAAUAAGGACUGAGCAGAUUUUUAUGUUUUUGUUGUUGUUGUUGUUGUUGUUGUUGUUGUUUUUUUAAAUAUGUAUACCUAUAUAUUCCGGUUGUAUUCUCUGUGUAGCAGAGGGGUUUAUUUUGCAGGCAUUUCUUUUUGUAGGCAUUCAUUAUUUCUGUGUUUUUCUUGGCUUGCAUUUUUGCAGUGCGUGACUUGAGUUGUAUUGAGGAAGAAUGGAGUUGUCUGCUCACAUGCAGUCAGUGGCAUCCCACUGAGAAACGUUUGAGUGUUGGAGUCAUUAUGAGGGACAUAACCCUCCUGGCUGUGUUUCCUCAAAGUGUCACUCAGAGGUCAGGGUGGGGAAGGAAUAUGGCUAAAAAAGGAAUAAAAAAAAGGAAAAAAAAAGAUUUGGUAUCUGUAAAAGUGCAGACAUGGAAAAACGCUGGUUUUUAACGUUUUUUUUCCUUUCCUAUCAUGGUCUCGUGUAUACUGGAGGGACUUCAUGCGCAGUUUGUUU